AUUUUUAUGUUUUAUGAGGGAAAUGAUCAUUUGUAAGUUGCAACUAUAAAAGAGUCGAAUUGGUGAGCUAACUACCGAACCUGAAGCUACCAUUUUCUCUCUCCUUCCUUCCUUCCUUCAACUCUCAAACGCUUCGUUUCGAAAAUGGCGAGGAAGAAGAUCAGAGAAUACGACUCAAAGAGAUUAGUGAAGGAACACUUCAAAAGGCUUUCUGGCAAAGAGCUUCCUAUCAGAUCCGUCCAGAUCAACCAAACAACUGAUUUAAAUGAGCUGGUAGAAAAAGAACCUUGGCUCUCGUCUGAGAAGCUGGUGGUGAAACCUGAUAUGUUGUUUGGAAAGCGUGGCAAGAGUGGUUUGGUUGCCUUGAAAUUAGAUUUUGCUGAAGCUGCCACUUUUGUGAAAGAGCGUUUGGGCAAAGAGGUAGAGAUGAGUGGAUGCAAAGGACCCAUAACAACAUUCAUUGUUGAACCAUUUGUCCCACACAAUGAAGAGUAUUAUCUUAAUGUUGUCUCGGAUCGCCUUGGGUGUAGCAUAAGCUUUUCAGAGUGUGGAGGUAUUGAGAUCGAGGAGAACUGGGACAAGGUGAAGACUAUAUUUUUACCAACGGGUGCUUCUUUGACACCUGAAAUAUGUGCUCCUCUUGUGGCAACUCUUCCCUUGGAGAUCAAGGCGGAAAUUGACGAAUUUAUCCAAAGUCAUUUUCACCUAUUCCAAGAUCUUGAUUUCACUUUCCUGGAGAUGAAUCCUUUCACACUAGUUGAUGGAAGGCCAUAUCCUCUGGAUAUGAGGGGUGAGCUUGAUGAUACUGCCGCCUUCAAAAACUUUAAAAAAUGGGGCGACAUUGAAUUUCCUAUGCCAUUCGGAAGAGUAAUGAGUCCCACUGAAAGCUUUAUCCACGGAUUAGAUGAGAAGACAAGUGCAUCCUUGAAGUUUACCGUUCUGAAUCCCAAGGGACGGAUUUGGACUAUGGUUGCUGGAGGAGGAGCAAGUGUCAUCUAUGCGGAUACCGUAUGUUCCCUAAAAGAAUCAUUACUGAGAGAAUCUCUGCAUUUUUUUUCCCUUACAAGUCCAUCCAACAGUAAAAUUUUUCUUGAGCCCUCUUUCUACUUUGUGUUCAAGUCUUCAAGAUCUCUUACUAAAUUUCUUGAGAACUCUUGUAGCUGUAAGAGUUAG